CCCCCACAGUUAGAAUCCGCCUCUCGCGUUGAUCACUGCUCGAUCAUGCCGCGAUCUUCACCAGCUUGGAUUACCGUCCAAGCCUGUCUCGCUUGGCUCUUCACAUUCAUCUCGAUCCGCUCGUGCCUCGGCCAGUUUGCAGUAUCCUCACCCGAAGGAGCAGUUGCCUCUGCCGGCGGUGUAAUCGUGAGGGCCCAGCUGACCGGAAUCGGAGUAAUCAAUGGAGUCCUCAAUGCCAUGCAAAACAGCAACCGCUUUGGCCAACAGCAGCAAUUUGAAAGACUGCAGCAAGGAAGGCCUGGAAUGGGUCACAACCGGAGGGGAGGGGGUAUGCCAAUGCCAGGAUUUGGACCACCUAAUCGACAGCAAGCGCCUCCUGGGUGGCCUCCAGGCUGGCAGUGGGGACCUAGCGGCAAUCAGAAUCAACAAGGCUGGGAUCAAUCGGGCUUCGGACCAGGUUGGAAUGGAGGAGGAGGUGGACCACGACCAGGAUGGAACGGAGGCGGAGGUGGGUCAGGACCUGGAUGGAACGGAGGAGGACCAGGAUGGAACCGAGGAGGUGGCAGAGGACCUCCCCCAAGGCCUGGUUGGAACGGCGGAGGACCACCACCAAGGUCUAGUUGGAAUGGCGAAGGUGGACCACCCCCACCAGGGCCUGACUGGAAUGGCGGAGAUGGACCACCACCACCACCGCCACCUAGACCGGACUGGGAAGGCAGACCAGGAUGGAAUGGAGGACCUCCGCCAGAAUGGAACAACAAUCAACGCUUUCCCGAUCAGCCGGAUUCCAACGAUCCCAACGAUGAAAAAGAUGGGGCUAACACCACUCCCACACCUCCAAUCCUACCCACUACCCCAACACCAAUUACACCCACUGCCCAAACAACGACAGCCAGGCCAGCGGAAACUCAUCCCACUUACCAGCCACGUCCACCCACGCAGCCAACCAAGGACACCCUGAUCAUAGGCACCAAUCGACCGCCGCUGUUGCCGCCCCAGAAUCCGGACCCACCAUCGCCCCUAUAUCCAACUUGGCCCGUACCUCAGCCGUCGCCGUCGCCAAAUCACUCAAUUAAGGCCUCUGAAGAGCGUGCCAUCUUAUUUCCCAGUUCCAGUAAAUAUAUCCGUUCCCCCAGUCAGGAGGAAGUUCCUUCGGCGCCCAUCGAUGUGAGACGAAGAUGAUACUCGGCGAGGGACUUCCCCGACUACCACUUGUUGUAUAUAUUCAUAGAACAUUCUGUAAUUGCCGCAUUCAAGAUCGCUUUUGGUAAGCACUCCAAAACCGGUUCUCAAAGCUCGUUGUUGAAAAUCACGAAACUUUAAUAAAUAAAUUUAAACAAACAACA